ACGAAAUCGGCUCGAUAGAAAAUAAUUGCAAAGAUUGGUCUUAAAAUCAUAAUUAAACGGUUUUAUGUCUUUAUUGUUUUGACUUAUGGGUCUGCAAUUAAAAUCACAAUUUCAAAACAUUUAUAUCUAAACCGUGGUUGAGUAAAAUAUUACACUAAUAAUCCACUUUUUUUUAUUUAAAUAUUUUUCUUAUUAUUCCCUUGCCCAGGCCCAGUAACAUGCGACAGUGCUAUCUCAUUUACUCCGAUACAAAUAGACAGUGUGCGCGCUUUAGGUAUUGACAGCCUCUUAAUACGAUCGCGUUUAGUACGAUUUCCCGCGUAAUACGCCAUCUUACACUAGUCACUACAGCUUUCUUUUCAUACAUAAGACCAUUGAACUAUGAACGUUAUACAAACGUUCAACCCCUUUUUACAUUUUUCAAAAUCAAUUCUUAUCUUGUAUACUUAAUAAAUGCAACCUAGUGUGCAAAUUUCAACUUUCUAGCUUUUAUUGUUUUGGCUCUGCGUUGACGAAUCAGUCAGCCAGUCAGGACACACCGACCAGAAAUAUAUGAUCAUUUCAAGAGGGCGCUGUUAUUCUCAUGUAUAGGGUGACAGUUCACUUUAGUAUUAAAAAUGUAGUUCCACUGAAAUUCCGCAAUAUGUCGCGUGAUCAUAUAUUACUGGUCAGGCUUUACAUAUAUAUAGAUAAACAAGUGACCUUUUUCUAAAAUCUGGUUAACCCUUACACCUGUCUAGAUAAGUGAUACUGUUUACGCGCGUGUGCGACUGAUUGUUGUGUUAUCUCUUUGCACCGCAUGCUGAUUGGUUGCUUGGUACAUGCAUACAAGAAUAAAUGGGAAACAAUUACUUUUGCCCGAGUUAUCAUUUUAUAAUGAAGGAGUAAACAAACAGCAUUUGAUUACAAAAUCAGCCAGACAUCGGAUUUUAAAGAGCAAAAUUAAAUGACAGGUAGGGACUUUCUAUAUCAGUGUAACUGAAUUACCAAUGCUUUUCUUGUAUAGGUACUUGUGGUCGCUCCCAGCUUUGUUGGGAAGUGUUUUUUUUUUGGAAGUUAUAUUAUGGAGACAGUGUUAAAGUAGGUUACAUAAAGCACACUUCAAAAGUUCAAAUAAUCACCAAGUUAUGAGUAGGUAUCAUUGCAUUUAUCUAUGGCAUAAGUAUUAUCUUAUCUACUUAUCUUUAAUAAAACUACAUUUUUACAUACAAAACUUGGAACGAUUAUUAGUAAUAUGGGAAAAGUAUCGAUAAUUGAGUAUAUCUAUAUAGGAAUUCGGUUCAUCAGUAGGUACAGGAACUCCCCUGUCAUUAAAUUUUAGCCCCAAAAAUCCGACGUCAGAAAAUGACUAUAGCUCGGUAGAUACUUUAUUAAGACACCCACGACAUUUAUCCAAAUAAAUGUCUCGUCUGAUAAACAAUGUUUUACUUAUUUUAAUGUAAUUAUUUCCUAAUACAGUAUUAGCAUUUAUAUAGGCUUUGUGGGGUAUAAAACGGGGCGGUCUGUGGAGCAUGAAUCAUACCAGAGCUAACGUUCAAAGGUUUUAGGUAUCCAAAAAUGGUGUUCAAAUUGGUGAUCGUGAUCCUGACUUUGCUGGUAAUAAACAAUGGCGCUCAGCGUUUCAACGGCUUCGAUAUUGACCCCAACAAUUUCUACAAGUACAACUUUUUGAAACACUUGAGUUUGAAGAGAGAUGGCGAAACCGAAACGAAUGACGUAACAACACAGAAAAACCACGCAUUUUGUCAUCCCUAUUAUAAAAAAUGUAAUAAACUACCAGUACUACCACGCAAGAAUAGUUUAAAAAGAGCUUUGAUGGAUUAUCAGGAUUUCUCACGUUCCAUGGCACCUGAGAUUAUGACAGACGAAUAUGAAGACAAUAUCAUAGAAAAGUGAACGAUUUAAAAGUAUAUAUUUUUGGAUUAAAUGCGACCGGUCUUUGUUAAAAAUGAUUUAUAUUCGAUUUAUAUAGGUACUCACAUGUAUUCAAAAUUAAUGUAUUCUUUGAAAAUCAAAGAUUAAACAGUAACAAAGAGCUCAUUUUCUCGUGGAUUAUUAUUUUUUGAAACCCCCAUCUUUCCUGAUAUUUACAAUGACAAUAUACAUAAUGGAUUAAUACAGAGGAUUACUAUAACUAGC